UUAGUCAAAUUGAUAUUGCCUGAGUUAGUUAGAUUUAUAUUUAUCUUAGAGAGAGAGAGAGAGUACAGCCCAUGCAUUUGCUUAUUGCUUCUAUUAUAUCAAUUUUAUGAGUAAUUUAAAUACAGCUAGUGAUGGAAUCCGUACCCAAAAAAGUUUACUGUCCCCAAAAGUUAAGUUUAACCUGAGAUCCCCAUAAUCAUGAUCCCUCGAGAACAAAGUCAUAUCUAAUUUUCCUCUAUCUAUAUAUAGUCACUGCUGUAACAGUCACUGUUGAUAUGCGUUUGUUCCAGUUGCAUUUGUUCCAGUUGCGUUUGAAAAUUAAAGAUCCACGAUGGGUAUUCCAGGAUUAACUACAUUCAUACGCAAUCGCUCACAUCGUUACCUAGAAUAUUACGAAUUACAUGACACGUAUUUGGUAAUUGAUGGUAACAAUAUUCGCUGUCAACUAUAUAAUUCGUAUGUGAAGUGUAAUUGUGCCUUCGGCGGCGAUUAUGAUAAGUAUGCACAAUGUGUAUCAGAUUUUUUUGAUAAUCUAUUAAAAUGUAAUAUAACACCAUUGGUUUUAUUCAAUGGGGCUUAUGAGAAUAAGAACAUGAAAACUGCUAUAAGUAGAACAAAGGAAAAGAUCGAGAAAGCAUCAUCUUUUUGCCCUCUCAGUCAAGAGAGAAUGACAUUUUUCCCUCUAUUUUUAACCAGAGUUUUCAAAAAUGUUUUGAAAGAAAAAAAUAUUCGUGACGUGCAAUGUUUAUUUGAGGCUCAUAAUGUUGCAGCCUCGGUGGCAAAAAUUUUAAAUUGUCCUGUACUCAGCUAUGAUUCUGACUUCUACAUAUAUGGAUCAUUAUAUAUACCAUUUAAUACAUUAGAUAAAUAUGCAACCAAAAGUGGAACAGGAAAAGGCUAUCUGAUGUGCUGUAGAAUUUAUAGAACUGAACGCUUAUUGAAUUCUUUUGAAGGUUUAGAUGAAUCAAUGUUACCAUUGGUAGAGAUACUCUUGGGUAAUGAUUAUGUAAAACGUACAUUUAAAAACUUCUUUCGUCAUUUCAAAUUACAUGGAGUAUCAAGGAAUAAACAUGACUACCAACAACGUCGUAUAGAAGAAACCUUCACUUGGUUAAGCAAAUAUACAUUGGAUAAAGCUAUUGCUGGAAUUUUAAGUAGAUUAGACAAGCCUAUACGACAAAGAAUACUGCACUUGAUAGAGACUAGUAUAAAUAGUUACACAAAUGCAUCUACCGAAAUACUUAUUCCAUUAGGUUUUUCAAAAGAAUAUGUUGCCCAAGUAAAUAGCCAUCAUUUAAAUAGAAUUUUCAAAUAUGAUGGUGAUAUUGAUAGCUUAACAUAUAUAGAAGAAAUUGAUGAAAAAGAUGGCAUUGACACAAGCGAAGAAGAGGAAGAAGAAGAAGAAGAAAAUGAAAUAAUGAACAUACCCGAUGAGUCUGAUUCAAUGUACAGUAAUGCACUUGUUAGUAAUUUACCUGUAUGGUUUAUAAAUGAACUUCUAAUGGGUAAACACCCGCCAUAUUUUCUGGACUUAAUAAUUCGAUGUGUAUAUAUUUGUUCUCCACAAAUAGAGGACUGCAAUUAUCCUUCAACCGUUAUGAUAUGUUCAAGAAUUAUUAACGUUAUAUUUGCACUUUUAAAAUCAGCAGUAAACAAUGAAAUACGUGAUAUGAGCUAUAUAACCAGAGGAAGUUAAAUCUCGCAAAUAGCAGAGAAAGCAUAAACGUCAAAAAUUAAAUCAUAACUCGGAUAAAGAUGAUUCUGAGUACUAUGGCGCUGAGGAAGACUUAGAUAAAUCAGAAUUUCGUGAUCCAAAUAAUCGAUUUUGUUCAUUUACUUUAAACUAUAUACUUUUUGUAAACUAAAUACUUUAUUUUACUUUACUUUACUUUAUUUUAUAUUUUAUAUAAAAGUUGAAACCCUACGAGUUGUAUGUAUAUGCAUAUAUAAUGUAACUAAAUGCGAGUGUGAAAUAAAAGUAAACUAAAGAUCUAUCGGUAUAAAAA